UUUUGUUGCUCCGAUGGUAAUAUAAAAUUAGCACAUAAUCCAUUGCCAGAAAUUUUGAAAACACUACUUUUCUCAUCAACCGAAGAAUCCAAGUUGUUUCGAGAUUGCAUACGAACUAUAAAUAACCAAUUUGCAUUUACAUCAUUGGGAGUAAAAUGUGAUAACAAUUUAACCCGGCGUGAUAAAGGGAUUUAUACUUUCAGAAUACAAGGACAGAUGUAUCAUUUUUUGAAUGAUUUGGAGGCUUCUCAAAAUUUACAAUUAUAUUUCCAUGAUACUGAAAAUGAGAUUACUAAUCGGAUGAAAGCUUGCCCUAGAUUAACAGAAUCAAUAAUACAAAAAAUCAUGACUGUGCUAAAGGAAAAUCCUUAUGCAAAAUUCUGUAGAAGUCUUAGCGAACUAUCCAAUUUCGAUGAUUAUAAAAUAAUAUUGCGCACUUUUCCGAAAAUUGACCAAAGAGUUUACAAUAAACCAGAAUCAUCUCAAGUAGCAGCCUUAUGGGGGACAAAGGUUUCUGCAGUGGCUUAUAACGAAGUUAUCGACGAAUUUGCUGAACUUCUUAUGCCGUACAAGAGGUACUACCUCACUGGAGCAAAGGUUCGACAUGAAGUUCCUUUGUAUCAAGUUGGUGAUUACAAAUACAAUUGGCUUAUAAAUACAAGAACUUACGCCGAAGAAUACCAAGAAUCCAUACCUCCACAACUUCCGUGCCUAAUUGAUGUCCAUGCCUUUGCAAACAUACACAAGUAUGCUGACACAGAAAACCCAAGGAGUAAGUACACUGAAAACAAAAAUCGUGUGACACAGCUUGUGAAUGAAGAAACUUACACGAAUACGGAUAAGCUCAUCCCAAUGCCUGAAAUGACUGAUGUGAAUACUAUUGCCGAUGCAUUGGCGUCAAUCAGAUAUGUGAAAAUUUGUUGGAUUAGCGGCAAAAUCAAAUUCGAUAAUGACAAUAGACCUUUGUGGGCUACCGCAUGCCAGAUUUGUCGUAAAAAUUACAACAUGCCCCCGAACACUCCAAUGAAAUGCCGUAGUUGCGGAGAAGACUCUCAUGUAGAAGCGAGGUGCCGGUUGCCAGUAACAAUUCAAGAUAAAACUGGAACCAUAUAUGCAGUCAUAUAUGGUGCUGAUGCAGAACAAUUAGUCCCUUACAAUGGCAAUCAACUUUAUGAGGCAGACCAGCAGGGCCAUGACUUAACUCAACAAAUUGCUGCAUCAGUCGCACAACACCAAGUCAUCUGCUUCAUUAAACAUUCUGAGUCAACUCACCACACAAUAAUCAAGCUUUACACUGGUGAACUGAUGAUGGUGCAAGGGAAUAUAACUAAUCCAAAAUCAUCUGCCAAAGAGCCCUCCACAUCAACACCAUCAAAGGCAGCCGAUCCAAUUUUCUUUAGCCCGACGCUCAAAAAUGUGUUAGAGUCAAUUGAUGUAAAGACUGAGAAAACACUCCUUCUUCCAACUACAGAAAGCUCAGCCAAAAAACGCAUUACCUUCGACAGCGAACAAGUCACCACACAAACAGCCACCUCAAGUACACCCCAGUCCUCAAAAUCAAACGUUCAAGCAGAACACAAUCCCACUACAAGGACAACUUAA